AUGGGAGCGGAUUCUGAUGGAUUAGGUGGGAAUUUGAGGUCUAUUCUAAGGUCUGAAGGGCUUUGUUUGGUUUGGCUAUGAUGAAUUUAGUACAACCAUGGUUUUCCGGCUAUAUUUAGAGCAUUUAGGGCCAAUUUCGGAUUGAAAUUAAGAUUUCUUCAAAAUUUUGAGUUUUGAUGACUAAAGUUGUAUAAUUCUUGUUCUAUUUCUGGUUGAUAGCUAAAUGUAUGGCUAUUUACGGGCUUUUGUGAAAGGAUUUACUAUCUAAAUAAUAAAUGAAUACGAGUAAAAUUUUAUGUCUGAUUUCCUACUACAAUAAUAUUUUCCCUUAUUUUCCAAAGAUCUCUUUACAUAGACCGAGAUCAGCCCUCCCCAGUGAAUAAUCGCCCUCUGACUCUGCAUAAUCGACCAUCCACCUGGCGUCAUUUGUCGUUAAUCAUCGCCGGCGGGUCAAAACAUGUUAACAUUGUUUUCAUGAGAACACGUUGGUCCAAUUUUUGAUUCCUUCUUGCAAUAUCUCUCUAAAUUUUAUUACUUUUCACAAUUUUCCUCUUGCUUUUACUUUUUUUACCCAUAAAAUACAGUACCGAAAUAAAAUAUUCGACCCAGAAAAAAGAAAAAACAGUUUUUUGCUGGUUUUAACCAUCAAUCCGACUUGAUAUUACUCAAUCUCAAAGAUUCAAAACAAUUUUUUUGGCGUCUCCCUCUUUUCGACUCAUUUUUCACUCCUCCGUUGGACGACCUUGAUGUCUAAUAUAUUCGCAUUUGCAGCUCGAAGCGCAGAACGAACGUCUUCGACAGCAGAACCUCAGGUGUGCCAAUGAAUUGAAGGCGUUGGCAUCGUACGCCGAGAAUACGAAACAGUGGAGACAGUCAACCUUGUUCUCACAGAGCUUCUCCGUAAGUUUCACUACGGUUUUUUGUGGGCUAAAUUUUUUUGGGUUUUGAGAACUUUUGCGUAAGACUUUUGAAGACAAGAUUAAUUUUUUGGCAAUUUUUCUCUUUUUUUAUCUUUUUAUCUUAUGAUAACUUAAGCGAUCGUUUUCAAACCUCCCUUUCCAUAAAUUCCCAAUUUUUUAUAUUACACUUGCUUUCCAUUCCCUUCCGAAUGUCCUUAUUCCAUAUUAGUUUAUGUUUUCCUCUCUGCAAACCAUUAUACUCCACAAAACUGACCAGUAACCCGAUCCGUUUUCCCUUUUGCAGCUAUAUUUUCUCUCCAAAAGCGGCCCAUUUUUUAUUUUUAUUCAUAUUUUUCGGCCCUUCAGAAGCCCGGGUAUCGUGCUCGGGCCCUCCAAAAUUCAUGGCCAUUGUUUUCUUUUGGUGUUUGAGUUGGAAUUAAUGCCGAAAUAUGAUAUCGGAAGGCGUUUUGGGGCAGUAAAACGGGUAAAAGUAGUCGCAUUAAUGGAAAUUUGGUUGGUCUAAUUGUAAGGGGGAAAUGGGUAAAUUUUGAGAUUUUUUGAUUUUUUUUCUUUGAGGGAAUCAGUAAAUCAGAUAAGUGGGAUCGUUUUCGUAAUAGCUGCUACAUUUUACCAAGGUUUGAAGACCUUUUAUGAUUCUAGGACCACCUGAAAGAACUAAAAUCAUAAAAAUUUUUUUUUGUUUUUUUUUGCAAAAAAUUAAGAAAUUUUUUGAUUUUUUAAAAGUAAACUGAAGAAAAAGGCUUGAUAGAGAUAAUUCAGGUCCAAUGACCAGGUAGAUUCUACAAUUUGAGAUAUUUUUUAGCAAAUUAAAACCGGGUAUCUCCCUUCGAAAGCCGCCCAAUGAUGAGGCCGAACUUUUUCCCGCCGCCAAAAACCCCUCCGGGCACGGAGAGCGGGGAUCGGCUUUGAAUAAAUAAUUUGUGCGGGAGAUGCGAACGAUAACAGAGCGUCUGGUGUUUUUAUCGCUGGCCCCUCGCCAUUGUUCGCUAACUCCCUGCGGGAUCUUUUCCAUCCCCUUUUCCGGAUUUCGAAGCGAAUUUUGUGGGUUAUUGUUAUGAAGAAGGCCUUCCAAGGCGCCGAGAUCAGCUGCCGGAUAACCGGGCAGAUGGUUGAUCGGUUGUUGGGGAGAUCGGAAUGGAAUGAGGGGAAGGAAUUCUGAGAGGUUUUCGGGUACUGUAGGGAUGGCGUAAUACAAUUUUCAUAUUUGCGGGGCCGAAGAAAUUUUUGAAGAAGUACGUAUAUUCUGUUAUACGUAAUAGAAUUCAAAAAAAAUAAUAAAAAAAGAUUACAAUUAGAUGAUUUUAGGAUGAAAGGGUUGAUAAACCAAAAAAUUCCAAUAAUUUUAAAUUUAUUUCUGGCAAAAAGCAUCACCAGUAACCGAUAUUUUAGACGAAAUUCGUUUUCGCCACAAAACUUUAAUUUGGUAAAAAAAUUUGGGUUCGAAAUUGUCAUAAAUUAUGUUAUUAAAAUCUGCCCAAUAAUUUUUUUGAAGAUUUUUUAUUUUAUUUUCUAUUUUUAAUAUUUUUCUUUCUUUCAGGGUACCCUUCCCACGUGGAUGGAGUCGCAUUCCCGCACAUCGGAUGACAGUGGCCUCACUUCCGAUGACACCUCGGGCGACCGGCAAAUCCAUCAAUUCCUCAACCAACCCGACGUUCUCCGUCCCACUUUGAUGACGCAAUCAACUUCAGCAAUAGUGCCCGUGAAAAGAAGUCCGCGGAAGAAUCCUUCCAAGACGUCUGAUUCAAGUGCUACAUCGACGUUGACGAUGACUCAAGGGAUCCAGAAUUCGAUGAAUUCUCAGUUCCAUCAGAGCUCCUCGACCGAAUCCUCACCUUCCAGCGAGCAUCCGGAACCCGUGGCUCAGCCCAGGAAAGCCCGGCCGAUAAUGGGCGGACAGAUGAUUAUGAUGAACAAGAAGAAAGAGAUGGAACGAGACAGCCUCAACUCGUAUGAUGCUGAAGAUGAUGGGGACUCGGACGACGAGAUCUUCGAUGAAAUUGUCUACGAUGACAACUCGCCUGGAGAGUCGCGGACUUUGAAGAAAGACGCCCGAUACGCGGAUUACGUUAAUCUCGCCGAUUUUUGCACCGUCAAAGAUUACACACCGGAGGCGGAGACGGAGCCAAAUCGGGCCUCAUUGCCGUAUCUUUACUCGGACAUUCUGAGGAUUCAACCGGACCCUCCAAAACAUAAGCCAAUAGUCCAAUGGGAGCAAAAGUUGUACAGAAAUGCAGAGAAGUGUCUGAGUGUGGUCGAGAGUAAUUGCUCGCCCUCACCUUGCUCCUUUUCUCCGCUGGUCCCGAGGGAUAGCCAGAGAAUCAGCGAUCUGUCAAGCAUUCGAGAUCAGAGUCCCGCAAAAUUCUCCAAAAAUUCGGUAAGGAUUUUUUGAUGACAAAAAAAAUAUUUUUUUUGAAUCCAAAAGUUUGAGGACGAUGAAUUUUAUUGACAAGGAAAGUACUUCUAUGGGGUGUGGAAUUACCGGUCGAGAUAUAUCUCAAAAAAUUCGCAAAAAUUUUCUGAUUCAGAAUAUAUAAAAAUUAGCUGCCUAAUUUUGGUCUAAUGACAUGUUUUUGUCCUCAGAAGUUUUCUCGCGACACCAUGCAAGUGUCUUUUUGACCGCGUUUUUACCAAUAAAAAAAAUUUGUUUUGUGCUAAACUAAAUUCUGAGGCCUUGACAAGCCUUAAAAUAUCAAAGUGGAUUACAACUACACCUUAAAAGUAGUUCCAAUGUAAAAAAUGGGUUCUAGUGUGGCAAAAGGAAUCGAACCCGUUCCCCGCGGAUUCCCAAUCUAGCGCUCUAACCACUCGGCCACACCGCUCUCUGCCGAAGGAAGAGACCGAGCGCGCUUUUGUUGCCGCAGAUUUUUUUCCUCGAGAAAAACAUUUAUUGAAAAAACUCGCUGAUAGACCAAAAUUAGGCAGCUAAUUUUUAUAUAUUCUGAAUCAGAAAAUUUUUGCGAAUUUUUUGAUAUAUAUCUCGACCGGUAAUUCCACACCCCAUAGAAGUACUUUCCUUGUGAAAAAAGAAGUUUUUUUGACCUACUCCAACAUUAUUGGACCCAAUAUAGGGCUCGGGGUCUUUACUUUUCAUCGGCUCUGCGAAUUUGUUUUGCAAAAAGGCGUUCAGCACGCCCUGCUGAACGCUUUUUCGCAAAAUCGGUUCAGCAGUUUCUUCUGUCGAAAUUUCGUGAACGGGAAAUGGUAAAAGCCGUUCAUUUUGUGAAUUUUCGUCCUGUUUUCAAACCGUGAACGGUUUAUUGCAAAAACCGUUCACGAUUUGAACUGAUUUUGCAAAAAGGCGUUCAGCGGAAAUUCUGAACGCCUUUUUGCAAAACAAAUUCGCAGAGCUGAUGAAAAGUAAAGACCCCGAGCCCUAUAUUAAUAUCUCCAAUUCCAGUUCUCCGGAGAUCUCCGUUUAUCCAAGCACCACUCAUCCUCUUCCAAUCCCGCUUCCAUUAAACAAUUAACCCCUCCGGGCAGAGAUUCGGACUCGGGUUUGGGCCGAGGCUCCGGGAAUUCGGCGAAUGGCCUGGCUCCCCUGGCCGAAUCUCCUCCCGAAAUCCCGUUUGGAAUGGCCAGAACACACGCUCCCGCAGUCCCGGCAGACAAUGAUGACUAUGCUCUACCUCCAGAUGCCUCAACUCCCGUCUCCAGACACGCUUCCCCUUAUUCCAAUCGAGUUUUGACAUUGCCGAGAUGCCGGGAAACUGUUGUUUUGAGCAGUGUGGGGUCGUCGCCGUUACAUCAGCCGCCAACCCUGAGGGCGUCGUUGAUCCCGACGCACGAAAAUGUAAGUAAUUUUGAUUUGAAUGCAUUCUGACGUUUAGAAAAUACAAAUUGUUGGAGAUCAACUUAAAAUGGAAACUAAAAAAUACGAGGUUUUAUGAAAUAAUGUUUAACUACAUUUAGCUUAUUUUAGAUGGAACGCGCUGGAUACCUGACACAAAUGUCUGACAAUCGCUUGCGCUCCCUCAAACGACGCUACAUCGUCCUCAAAAACAAUAAACUCGACUUCUACCGGACCGUCAAGGAGAAGAUGAAGAACGAACCGCCAUCUCGAACCAUCCAAUUAUCAGAUGUUGUGGCUGUGAACAGAGUCACCAGCAAGACUGGGACUCACGGAAUCCAAAUUUGCAUCGACAAUGACAAACUGAAAUAUCACGCAGAGAACGAUAAGGUGACCGAGGAGUGGUUCACGACAAUAUCUCAAUGUCUCAAACAGCUGACCAUCAACGAAUUGAGUCAGAAGGCCACCAAAGUCGAGGCGAUUUUGUCGGGAUGGAUUACCAAAGUGAAGCACGGCCAUCAACGCAAAUAUUUUGCGGCUUUGGUGGGGCAAAAGUUGUUGUUCUUCAAGAAAUCCGAUGAAAAGCUGCCUUGUUCUCACAUUGUCCUGCAAGGAUGCGCCAUUUCCGAGAAAUCGAAGGGCUCCAGCGAUGAAUACAGUGGGUCGAGUGAUGAACAAGCCAGCUCAGACCUUCUUCCGGGCACUUCGAAUGCGUCCAGAUCAUCCAGUUCAAGUCAGCAGCAGGAAAAGGCGGAUUACAGUAUCUGCAUCGAGGGGAGCAACGCGGAUCCCGUUUAUCUGAUGCUGAAGAAUGGAGAGGAGAAGGAUAAAUGGCUCUAUUAUCUCAAAUUGGCCGCCAAGGACCCUUCAAUGUGUGGGACUUCAUUUGAAGUCCUAAUUCAGCGAUUAAUGCUCGAUUCGAACCCAGAUUCGGAGCUGUGGCACGAUGUUCUGAUGACGAAUCCGGAGGAAAAGCCGACUGAUACUCUCAUUUCAAUCGACGAACCGAGACUCAAGAAGAAAGCUCUCGAGAAUGAUAUGGCCUUGUACCUAUUCUCUUCGGUCCUUAUGAGGCCAAUUGCCAUGCAAUAUCACGUAGAUUUGAGUCAGAAUAUUUUAACGACGGCCCUGGAGAACACCCCCUUGAUUGACGAGUUGUACGCCCAGCUGAUUCGACUGACUUGCUCCAAACUUGAGACCACGGUACAAGCCUGGAAAUUGAUGGCUAUGGCCAUUCCGCUCUAUUUGCCGAGUAAAUACAGUAUUUUCUGGUUGUUGAGAAGUCAUCUGCAGCGAUUCAAGAUAAUGGAGUGAGUGAACAAAAGUUUUUUCAAAUAUUAUUAUAUAAUUUUAAGAUUUUGUUUUCUCUCUCUAACUCUUUAUUAUUACUUCUUGCUAACUAAAAUCUCUUUUUUAGUAAUGAAAACUCGAAGCUGGCUGAUUUCUGUGAACAACUUAUCUUCAAGAAACAGAAGGCCGGAGAUCGUCGUGAAGGUCCCUCUAAGCUUGAAGCUAUUUCAAUUCUGACAAGAGAUCCCUCAAGUACAACACUGCCAUUUUCCGUACCUAUUCAACUUCCUUCUGGAGAUUUUCAAGUCAUCGAAUUUGACGGGUGCACCGAGAUCGGGCAAUGUCUAAGCUCGUUAUGCCUGAAGUUGGGUCUUAGACCGGCAUUAUUAAGUGGAUAUGCUCUUUAUGCACAAGAUCUGAACGACUCAGACUCCUACAUUUUGUUGAAGAACAAACAGAAAGUAAGCUUACAUUGUUUUGGAUAGUUUUUUUAUGAAAAGUAAAGGGAAUUGAGAAUUUUUGUAUGUAUUACAAUUGAAAUCUCUUGAAUUUUUAGCUCUGUGACUGUCUAACGGCGUGGGAAAAGCAAGUCAAGGAUAUGAAAUGUGGGCGAGUUACCGAUGACUCAUGUUCGAUCCGUCUUCGCCUUCGUCUCAGGCAUUAUUGGUCCAAUUUGAUCGAUGAGGAGACCCCCAUGGAGAAGAUCCUUUUGUGUUACAGAAUGGCCGAAGAGAUUGUCAAAGGCUAUGUCCCGAUGUCGAAUGAACUGGCUGAAGAAAUGACCGCUCUCUACGCUCAAUUGUGCUAUGGGGACAUCCCUCCCAACCCGGAGACACCUCUAAAUCGAUCUUUGGAAAGGUUUUACCCCGCCAAAAUGUUGGAAGUCGUGAAUAUGCGAAGUUUGAAGGCGUCGGUUGAACAACAUUGGAGAGAAUUGAAUGGUGUGGGACUAGUAGAGUGUGUGAAGAUGUUAUUGACAGUAUUAAGACGAUGGAAAUUCUUCGGAGCUUUCAUAAAAACGGCCAAGAUGAAGAUGCACAAAGGAGACCCGAUUUUGAUCGCUUUGACGGAUCAAGGAGUACAUUUGUUGACCGAAAAACAAAUGGUAAGUCGUUUAGUUUAAAGAUUAAGUCUUAAUCUUUCAAUUUCCUACUGAAACGUUGGUAGGUACUAUAAUUUUUAUCUAGGUCUCAAUUAUAAUGUUUUAGGACCUAAUCCGAACAUUCCCCUUCCAUCGACUGGUAAAUUUCGGGGAAUACCACGGUGAUUUUAUGAUCUCAGUCUCAAGAAUCCUCCCUCCAGACGCGCAUCCGGAGGAAACUCCUCGUGAAAGACUGACUUUCGAAAUGCCAAAGGAUUCUAUUGAACAGGUAAGGGUAGCAUGAGUUAAUGGUCGAAUUUCUAAAAAAAAAUUCUAUUGGGUAUCUUACAGUAAUCCUCGUAUAUUUCCAGUUAACCACCCAUCUUGCCGAAUACAUUCGCUGCCAAACGCUGGUCUGGAAGUUGUCCGGCCGCCAGAUCUAA